AUGACGGUGGAGACGGAGGGAGGGGGAUGUGAGGGUGUCUGCGACUGGUUCUUCGAGAGAACCGAGGCUGCAGAAGUGGCGCCUCGGGGGUGGGCCAACGGCAGACACCUUUUGAGUCAGUACGAGACGUCCGAGCAAUUAACUCGAGUCAGAGCUUGGCACUGGCCUCGAGCCGGCUGGACAGAGACAAAAGAGGAAGAGCAUGAGGCGCUGCUCUCAAGGCAGCGGAGUUGGGCUGGUUCGGCUGUACAACUGGCGAAGGCAUCGACCAAGCGGACGCUUGAGAUGGUGGGAAUGCAGCGUCAUCGCAAUUCGGACCGCUUUGAGGAAGCUUCUGGCAAUGCUCGUCACACCGAAAGGAGUGCUGUCUAG